AUGUCAGAAAGUAGCAUCGAAUCAUCUUCUCUAUCUGCAAAAAUAGAGCGAUUGAGACUAUGCGACAACAUACCUAACGAAUCAAUCUACGAACCACUCCCAGCGGGCGAGUUCAUACGCGUGCUGAAACUGCACCCUGGCGAUACCGAGUAUGAUAUCGAGUGUAGCCUUGAGGUUAUGGACAUAGAAAGUUCCAAGGGCUCAUACGAAGCGAUAUCAUAUGUUUGGGGCGAUGCCAACGACACGGUUGACGUGCAUUGUAACGGACUGCAGGUGUCGAUUACCGUCAGCCUCGGGGAUGCUCUUCGGAAUUUUCGACAUCCUUCUGAGCCCCGACUACUAUGGGCAGAUGCUUUGUGUAUCAACCAGGAAAACGAUCAAGAGAAAGGACAUCAGGUCAAGAGAAUGGGCCAAGUGUACGCCAAUGCGAAGUGUGUGCUCAUUUGGCUUGGAUGCGAUGUUCAAAACGUCGCCGAAGAUACUUUUGCUCUGAUCUGCGAGGCCAAUACAUAUUUUGGGGACUCUUUGAGGAAAGCAAGUAAUAAGGUCAGCAGGAUGGAACACUUUACGAAACCAUAUCCCAUCUGCGUAGACAAAGACAGAUGGUCAAGGGUCGCAAGACUCUUUAAAUUUCCUUGGUUAACAAGAGUAUGGGAUAUUCAAGAAGCAGCCAUAGCCGAGGAAUGGCGAAUCUUUUGGGGCUCGGUCAGCAUCGACAUUGCUGACGUAGUAGAGAUAUGCGUGUGGUUUUGGAUAAAGCCUGACUUCAGGACUACCAUUCAGGGCAUCGCCGGGAGAAGCCGACAUCGCAAGGCUAGCGAAGUGAACCUCUACUUCCAAUACAAUACUCAUCGUCCAAGGUCAUGGCAGCAGUCUCGCGUUGGAUUGAGUUACGUCGCCACUCGAUUGAACGAGAAGAAGUUCUCGACAAUUCUCUACGCAUCCCGAUAUCUGGAAGCGACUGAUCCUAGAGAUCACGUUUACGCAUUCUUAGGUUGUCCACUCGCCAAAGACAACGAGGGCCGUACACUGGUGGAGGCAGAUUACACAUCGUCGUUACAUGAUAUUAACGUCCGUCUCGCCUACGCGCUGAUGAAUGAUCCUGUAGAAGGACCGUCAAUCCUCUCGACUGUUCAUCAUCGUUACCGCGAAGAUACUCCCUCGGGUGAUGUGUGUCCAUCAUGGGUGCCUGUGUGGCACGUUGCCGGAAAAGAUCGCGCGCGAAUGGCGAAAGAAGUGUACUGGUAUAGAGCUGGUACAUCCAGGAAGUUCCUUGCAGUCACUGGAUCCGGCAAAGGUACUUUAACUGUCGAUGGAUGCCCAUUUGACAAAGUCGUAUGGAGGUCGGAUGCGAUACAGGUUUACCUAACGGAGUCGAAUUAUACAUCUCUCAAUUCAGUGACGCAUGAAUCAGGUGUAUUCGGUAUCGAUGCCUUAUGGGAUGAAGUAUUCCACAAUGCAACCAAAUUGGAGCUUUCGGUGCGACAGAGUGACUUUAUACGCACGUUAUACAUGGGCUCUCCGCGACAGAGAGGCGCUUAUGAUAUUCCUGACCAACAUUACCAAGAUGGGGUUGAGACAUGGAGAAAGAGUUUCGAACGUCAUCUCUAG